AUGCACUUCUCUACCGCUGUUGCGCUCUUCGCGGGCGCCGCUUCUGCUCACUACAACUUCGAGUCCCUUAUCGUCAACGGCGAGAGCACCGACGCUUACAAGUAUGUCCGCAAGACCAAGAACGGCAACGGACCCACCACGGCCGUCAACUCGACCGACAUCAUCUGCAACAACGGCGGAAUCGACGACGACAUCAUGGCCGCCACCGAGACCUUCACCGUGGCCGCCGGCGACCAGGUCGGCUUCAAGAUGAACGAGUACAUCGGCCACCCCGGCCCUCUGGCGGUUUACCUCAGCAAGGCCCCCGAGACGGCCAAGACCUACAAGGGCGACGGCGAAUGGUUCAAGGUCUACCAGUCUUCAUUGUCCAACAAGACGGUCGACCCUAUGCAGUGGGCAUCUUUCAUCGGCGGCGGUGUUCGCAACUUCACCUUCACCCUGCCGAAGGACCUCCCCGCCGGCGAGUACCUCAUGCGCGGCGAGCACCUUGCCCUUCACAGCGCCGACCUCUACCAGGCCCAGUUCUACAUGGGUUGCGCCCAGAUCAAGGUUACCGGUUCUGGCGCUGGUACUCCUGGUCCCACCGUUAAGUUCCCCGGUGCCUACGACCCCAGAGACCCUGGCAUCCUCGUCAACAUGUACUGGCCGCCUCUGAGACAGUACACCCCUCCCGGCCCCAAGGCCUGGCCCAACGAAUGCGACGACAGCACCGUCAACGUGCUCAACGGCGCCGCUAGCGACGGUGACUGCACUCCCCUCGAGGACUCCGCCAAGGGCGACCCCGUCUCGGACGCCCCCGCCAGUGGCACCCCCGCGGCUUCCGCGGCCCCGACUUCCGUUGCCAGCGCCAGCGCCGUCCCUACCUCCGCCGCCCCCGUCACUCAGGUGGCUCAGCCAUCUGCUGUCUCUUCCGCCGCCCCUGUCGCCUCUGCCGACUGUGCUAAGCGCGCUCUCCGCAGGAAGUCUCGCUUGGGAAGACGUGCUUAG